GAAUAUAGGCGCGGCUAGCUAGGAUGCGUUACGUUUGGUACAUCGUACACGUACACAUGUCCAAGUCGAUCCAGCACUGAAGUUAAAGAUGGCUUAUCCUGGUUACGGUGCUGGCCCCGUUGCUCCUCCUCAGCAGGAUCCUUUGUAUGGGUGGUUUCAAGCAGUUGCAGGAGUGGAUGGCCAGAUUGAGCCAGUUGAAUUACAGCAGUGCCUUACGUCAUCUGGCAUAGCAGGAACAUAUCAACAGUUUAGCUUGGAGACCUGCCGGGUGAUGAUUGCCAUGCUGGAUCGUGACUAUUCUGGUAAGAUGGGCUUCAGUGAAUUCAAGGAACUGUGGACUGUCAUCAACCAAUGGAAGCAGACAUUCAUUGCUUUUGACUCUGAUCGCUCAGGUACCAUUGAUGGUCAUGAACUGGCAAAUGCAAUUAGAAGUUUUGGGUACAACCUUACUCCUUCAGCUGUGGGUGUACUUCUGAAACGCUAUGAAAAGGGAGGCCGUAUCACUUUUGAUGACUUUGUGUCAUGUGCAGUUCGCUUGAGAGCCCUUACAGCUAUUUUUCAGAGUAGAGAUGCACAGAGGAAUGGUUGGGCCAAUUUCCAGUAUGAUGAUUUCAUCCGUUGUACAAUGAGUAUUUAGAGGUCAGGACGUGCGCUGAUAGUCAACCAAUGGCUGAUGUCCAGAUAUUUCUAAGAUAGCAAUGGAAUAACAAGGUUCCUCUAUAUUACAUACACUUAGAACUUUUCAUUGUAGAUUUGUAGUGCGUAUUAUAACUGUUUUUCCCUGGUACUUUGCUUAGGAUCAACAUCCUGUAAAGCUUGUAUUUGUGCACGAUAUUAUUCUCUUUAAACAGUUACCAAUCAAAAGAAAUACAAUUACCAGUAAACGAACCAUGUAUGUAAAUACUGUGAUGUUCACAUAGAGAUUUUAAACAUACAUGUAAUACAAGUGGUCUUUUAUUAACAAUUUUGGUACUUUAAAGACGUGCCCAAAAUCUAUUGACGAUGAAACUCAUUAAAAUGUAAUGCCGAAUACUUGCACAGUUCGUGCCAUUUGCCUUUUCCCCUUCCCACAACAGUUAAAAUUAGACUCUCCAUGUGUCGUAAUGUCACCCAUAUGUGCUAAUUUGGUUUCAAUCAAGAUAUAUGUAAAAAGUGUU